UACAUUUCAUAUAACGAAUCAAAGUUCUGAUUUUUUAGUCCAUUGUCCUACAAAUUCAUUAUUUUGCAUUAAAAGUCAUCAUUUUCACGUACACAUUAUGAGCCACACAGCUUUAAUACUUGUUGUUGUACUAACAUAACCUACAUUUAUAAAAAGAAAAGGAUGUGUGUAAAAUGAGUUUUGGUUGGUUCAAAUGUCCACUGCCUCCCUCUGCUAUGGGCGUAAACGUUAGGUAAUCUCAUCGUUCUCCAGCUGAGUUGUUGGUUCGGGUUAGGUUCAGUUCUGCCCCCCUGUGGGUAAAGUAACCACCGCAUGGGAGUUAGUAUCCUGCCACCAAGGUUAGUCAUUACCUUAUCUUCUCACUCACCCUGGGCACCGAAGAAAGCGGACAGAAUUCUGUCCGAGGCAUGCUGCCGCCCAGCCGUCACAUCUUACCAUGGGCGACUGUAACCACAGUACACACGAGCGGGCUUUGUCCAUAGAGGACGGCGUUAGUGUAGUGUUUCACAAAGUAGACAGCCAUGACCCAAACAGCGGCGACGAGAGUGGCGAUGAUGAACGGACAGCAGCGAGGAUUCACUUACAGAGUAACUGCCAUGUGUCGUGUGAAUACGGUGAUGAUGCUGAGGGAGCGAGAGGAAGCAACGGUUCUCUGGAAGGCAGCGAGAAGAAUUCACUAUGCCCGCCGGCGUUUUGCGUCAGAAGCAGGCUCGCAUCUCGAGACGGAAGCGCACGUGAAGACUCAGAGAAACCAAACAGAUGUCCAGGUCUUGGUUUGUUCUAUGCUUUCCUGUCCACAGUUUUCUUCUCCAUCAUUGCACUCUUGGUGAAAACCAUCGAAGGGGUCCACGCCAUUGAGAUCAGCGCCAUACGCUGCUUCUUUCAGAUGCUUUUUACUAUGCCCUUACUCAUCUACCACAAGACAGGUUUCCUUGGUCCCAGAGACAAACGCAUAUAUCUGGUGCUUCGGGGUUUCAUUGGCUCCAAUGCAAUGAUCCUGCUCUUCUAUGCUGUUCAGCAGAUGCCGCUAGCCGACGCCACAGUCAUCAUGUUCAGUAAUCCUGUCUUUACCUCCCUGCUGGCCUGGAUCUUCCUGAAGGAGAGAUGUACAAUCUGGGACUGUAUCUUCACUAUUUUUACCAUCACUGGAGUCCUCCUCAUCGCCCGACCGCCAUUUCUCUUUGGCGACCAUCGGCGCGGCAUUGAGGGCAACUAUGCUAACCACAUUAAGGGGACUAUCGCUGCCUUUGCAGGAGCUAUUGGGGCUGCUUUUACAUUUGUUGUCCUUCGCAAGAUGGGGAAGAGCGUCCAUUACUACCUCUCCGUCUGGUACUACGCUGUCAUUGGUUUCAUCGAGUGCAUCAUCACAGUAUCCGUCCUGGGGGAGUGGAAAAUCCCGUACUGUGGCCGUGAUCGGUGGCUGCUGAUGCUGAUUGCUGUCCUGGGCAUUGCCGGCCAGAGCUUCCUCACAAAGGCCCUCCAGAUUGAGAAGGCUGGACCUGUGGCUCUGAUGAGGACUAUCGAUGUGGUGCUGGCGUUCACCUUCCAAUUCAUUUUCCUCAACCGUGCACCGACCAUGUGGAGCCUCGGAGGGGCGCUGUGCGUCGUGGCGAGCACCAGUGGAGUAGCACUCCAGAAGUGGUACAGCAGCUCUCGCAAGAGCUGAGGAGAAGCAACAUAGAAUACUUUGGUAUUACUAUCUUUUUUUUCUCUAUCAUAUGUUCUUGAUUCUGUAGUUUACUUGUUGCUUUUGCGUUAACCUGCGAGAAGGUUUAACCUCGUUGAAGAGUUAAAAAUGUGUACAAAAUCAAUGGGACUGAAAGUUUAAUUUCAUCAUAAUAAAGCAGGUGUAUGAAGGAUAUCCUCAGUCCCAUUUUACAUUUGCUUUAACCUGAGUACAAUAGCCAAAGAGAGAGGUUUAUUGCACUGGGACAAUCCAUACUGUGUUGGCAAUAAUAUUAUAUGGAAAAAUAGUAUACUCCAUAUUUCAUUUUUAUUGUGGUAUGCACUAGCCACUAUUGAAUGAGUAUCUGCAAAAAUAUAUUUUUGGUGCUGACAAUGCAGCUAGGAUCACUCUGGUCAUAAACAAAUGAAAUGUAAUGCAAACCAAAUAAGCACUUAGAUACAUGUUUAUUUGAAGAAAAAAACAUCACAGAUAUUUGAGUCAACAAAAAAGUAUAUAAAAGAUGAAAAAAAAAUCCCAAAUUUGGUUACAAUUAUAAACUCUAAACAGCUGUACAGUUUACUCAGGGAUCUCUCGCCGAACUGCUUAUGAAUGCCCAAAUUUGAAUUACAGCUGAAUCUAAUCCAUGACAAAUUUUUCCUUUGGGAUUUUUGUCACAAUUCAUAGUGACUCAUUUCUUAACAAUAUCUUUGAAGUGCCUUAAGUAGGGAACUUUAACCUCCAGCUUUCCGGCUCAGUAACCACCAAUCACACCUGGCCAGCUCCCAGGUGUGAUUGUACACUUGAAUAUGAAGUAGGGUGCUUCUAGACAAAAAGUCAACCCAAUAAUUAAUGAUUAUUUUUUUAAAGAUAAAGCCCAACAGCCUUUUUAAUGUGGCACCAUAGGGCAUGGCCGCUAUCCCCACGCAGAAGGCUGCAAACAUUUCUUCAUCUCAGGAGGAGUCAACUCUUAUCAAGUUGGCUAAUAUUUACUGGCAACCUAAAGCAUUGAAUUAGUGCUCUUAACAUUCUCAAAAUAUAGUUUUUAUUCCAUGAUGCUCAAAGAGCAAUAUUGUUUGCACCUUGUCUUUUCUAUAGAAUAGAAAAAGUGACAGUACGCAGCUGCCACU